AAAACUGAAUAGCUGUCGUUUUCAUACAUUUCACAACCUUUGCCGUCAAGGGCGGCGACGGUGGUGAUUGUUCCUUGAGCUUUUAACUUCCCAAGUACAUUUCCCGCAACUGAAACUUAAUGUGCAUUAAAAACAUGUUCGGUUGUGAAUAGGAGCUUCUUUUUCCCCAAAUCACCGAUGGCUUUUUUAUUUCAGAAAUUUCAAGAGGCUGUGAAAACCCUCGCAAAAAAUCCGGCUUUUGCUAGGGAUCCAAGACAACUACAAUUUGAAGUUGACAUUAACCGCUUGUUCCUUUAUACAAGCUACAAUCGGUUGGGGAAGAAUGCUGAUGAAGCAGACGCAGAAGAGAUUAUUGCAAUAGCCAGUAAAGCCUCCGUUGCUGAUCAGCAGAUGCAAGUACAAGAAAAUGUUCAUUCUCAAAUUAAAGCAUUUUGCACGUUCAUGGAUGAAGUUCUUCUUCCAAAUGAAAAGAUGGUGAAUGGCCCCUUUGAGUUAUCUCAUCAAGCAAACAUUUUACCUCACUGUACUGGGCUUAGUUCUCCUAACGCUCUCCCUAAACAAAGACCAUUAAGCCAAGAUGAAGUUUCUCAGAAAUUAAAGGAUCAACUUGGCUACACUCUUAAUGUUAAACCUUCUCAAAUAUCUCACAAGGAUGCUGGUCAAGGUCUAUUUUUAGAUGGUGUAGCAGAUGUUGGUGCUGUUCUUGCCUUUUAUCCUGGUGUAGUCUACUCUCCAGCUUAUUAUCAUUAUAUUCCAGGAUACCUUGAUGAGAAGAACCCCUAUCUGAUUACAAGAUAUGAUGGGACUGUCAUCGACGCCCAACCUUGGGGUUGUGGAAGCGACGAGCAAGAACUGUGGAAUGGUAGGAAAAUGGUAGAAAACAAGCCUGAUAUGGAAGGAGCUGAGAAAGGUUCAGACAGCCAGAGUAAGCCUUUGGAAGGAUCCCAAGUGGAUACUAAUGAUGAUGUACUUGAGCGUAGAAACCCAUUAGCCUUGGGGCAUUUUUCUAAUCACCCUGCAAAAGGGAUGCUUCCAAAUGUCAUGAUUUGCCAUUAUGACUUUCCAUUGAUUGAAAACAACAUGAGAGUUUAUAUUCCUAAUAUAUUAUUUGGAAAUGCAGAAGUAAAUAUGAAGAGAUUUGGCAGCUUUUGGUUCCAAUCUGGAGUUUCAAGAAAGAGUGAAUCACAUGUUCCUACUCUAAGGACUGUUGUUUUGGUAGCAACUAGGGCUCUUCAAGAUGAGGAACUCCUCCUGAACUACAGGCUGAGCAACUCUAAGCCAUGGCCAGAGUGGUAUGCUCCCGUGGAUGAUGAAGAGGACGUGAGAAUAUGAAACUAGUCGAUUACUAUUGGAAGAAAACAGUUUCUGUAGAAAUUGAGCUGUUAUGCACCAAGGUUUUCAUGUCUACUCCAGUUGCAGAAACAUUCCUAAAAGUGAUUAAGGAAAAUUCUAGCCACAUCUUCAUUGAUACCAAUUAGCAAUUGCUGGUUUCCAUUAAUAAAACAUUGGAUUGGAAUCAAUUAGUCUUAAUUAGUAUAAAUGUGUAUUUGAUAGUUUCUAUUAAUAAAAAAUCAGUAUCAAUUAGUUCA